CAAGGUGUCAGGAGAUGUAGUCCCCAGUUCUCCCAUCAGCUAGCACCCACAACUCUGCAGAGGAGAGGUGCCAUGCCAUCCUUGUCAGGCAUUGCUAUCUAUUUGACAAGCAGGUCACAUACAGUUACAUCAUGAUCUGGAUUCCUAGAAGACGCAGAUAACGUCUGUGAGUUUUGAUAGGAUUAUACAGUAAGUGCUGUGCACACAAGAGAAAACAGUCCCCUAGGGGGCACAAGCUGCCAGUGCUAAUGGUCUAUCCUGUGUCUUUCCCAUUCUGACAUCAUCACUGCCAUCACCUUCUGCCUCCCUGUUUGUCUUGCUCUGCUAAACAGUUUGGCAAAUAUGUGAAAUGGAAGUGAUUUUUUUCUGUGUGUUUAUUUCUUGAUGAGAUUUUGAUUUCUGUUAGGUUGAAAAUAAAAUCUAAGUUGAGUAUAUUUUCCUAAAUGCUAGAAAAACAUUAAUCAAAGACAAAAAGGAAAACUGGACUCUGACAGUUGACCCAGAAAUAUCCCAGAAUCAGCUGGGGACCUGCACCUGUAUCUGAAACACAGAUGGUUUUAGACAGAACUCUGAGAGCUUGGAGCAGUUGGAGCAGGGAUUAGCCAGGCGUGGGUAGCAGCCACCUGUGCCACUGGCCUGCACCAUGUCUCCUCAGAGAGACAUGUCAUCACUCAUUCUGACUGUGGGUAGACUUUGAAUUUCUUCAGCUCUGCCUCAAAGUGCUUGUACUGCCUCUGACAAAUAUUCCCAGCUAGGGGCAGCAGUUCCCCUCCCUUUUUAAAAUAACUGGGACAUUGUUCUGCCAAGUGAAUGAUUGAUUGCAGAGGAAAAGAAGUGACUCCACUUCAUAAUAGUUGAAAUCAUUACGGACAGAGCCCUCUAAAUCAGAUAUUUCAUGACAUGUUGGCAUCUACCAAGUCUAUACUUGGUAAGUCCAGCCUUACAGGCUAUCUGAUCCAACUCACUGCCAGAUGACAAUCUGGUAGUGAGCUCAUUUCAGCAUAUGGCCUCAGAUCUGAUAAAACAUCUAUGUAGUGAAUCACUGACCUUUGGCCCAAGAUGGCCCAGAUGCCCUCUUUUGUAUGGAGAGUCAGUAGCUGGCAGAGGAGUCCUACAACAACUCACCAUUAUCUUUCAAUCACAGAGGCAAUUCCUCGCGAUCACACCCCUCCAGGUGCUUCAGUCCAAUCUAACUGUGGAGUCGGCAGAUCAAGCCUUUCUCUGCAACUUACCUGCUUUGCUGUUGUGGCCUUCUAUGUGCAAACAAACUAUCAGAAUUUUCCUUACUCUCUAUGUAGCUGCUUCACAUAGAGAGUAAUUCCACACCCGGCUGCUGCCUCUCACCGUGUAACGCACCUCACCUGAAAGGAGGAGAAGCCAUCCUAAACCUCAAAUUCUUCUUAAGCCUCGAAAUAGGCCUGAGCUGGGCCUAGUACUUUUCUUCUGACUAUACUUUACCUUGCAUGAGAUGAGUAUGUAGAAAAGUAGAUGUAUGAAAUGAAGAUGUCCUACAUUGAGGUUUUUGAUUGUGCAUGGCUCAGUCAUGAGGGUCACUUCCAACUAUUUAUCUUUUCAUGUGGCUGUCUUGUAUUUACAUGUAUGGUUAUGCCAUAUCCUCCUUUACCCCAUUUAAAGUGACAUUAUAACAUACUUUUUUAGCUGCUGAUUGAGAAAUCUUGAAACACAGUGCUGUUUAUUGUGUUCUCUCGAUCUUCUACUCAGUUCUCACUGCUCUACUUGGAACACUCUCUGUCCACUCCCUCUUUGGUGGAGAGCUUGAGAGAAGCCAUAAGAGGAUGGAGUCAGACCACUUAAAGAACACGUAGUGGACCAUGUGGGAGAUAGGAUGAGUAUGCUCUGCGCAUCUUAACCUUUAUUCCCUCGUCAGACCAGGCUAAUCCUCCCAAGGUUAAAGGGACAGGCUUGUCAAAGAUCAAACAUCUAAAUCAGAAAGGAUCAAACAUCUAAAACAGAGUGGAGACGAAGAGUAAUAGCAAUCUGUUUUUUAUGUGUGAAUGUACCUCAUCAUGAUUUCUCUAUUCUCUCUUAAUCUCUCUUUUUUGCAACAUCUUGGUUUCUUUUUACCACAGUUUGUGUAAGUCUGGUGCCAAACACAUGUUUUUAGAAUGAAUGCAUUAAUUUGUGUUGGGCCCUCAAUGAGAGUUAUAUGGCUCAGCUGGGAUUCUCCGUAGAGUAAAUGGGAAAUCCAGAGAGUGACGUGUGAGCUCUCAGCUUACCUUUCUCCGCCUUACUUGACCUGGUAGAAGAUGAGACCCAUGGCCUCUUUUCAUCCUCUCAGGAGGCUUAAGUGCUUUACUGACACUAUGAUCCAUUUACAAUAUGAUUGACAUUUUACAUAUUUGAUAUCUAUGGCAGGUCUCUUUCACUGGCAAGAUGCCUCUUUCUCUCUUUAAAAAGUUCAAUUAAGUUCAAGUUCGUCUUCGCUGCUUGUUUUAAAAAAUAUAUUUCAUUAGUUUCUUUCCUCAAUGUAAAUACUGACACUAUUGACUCUAUUUUUUACCUUUUGGAAUAAAUCCAGCCAAAAGCAACAAUUUGCUCAGGAAAACAUUAUCUAAUUUCAUUGAUUGUUCUGAUUAAACACAAAACAAAACAAAAACAUUUUACCCACUUCUUUACUGGUUGCCCUGUGUGGGUGUCUUCCUGGCCUUUUGUAAGUCAAACGGUCUGAGUCUGGAGCUCUCUGACGGCAAGCAAAGCCCUUGAUCUUGUCUAGAGCACUGACAGCUUGAGACCAUUUGAGAAAGGAUUAACUAAUAUUAUCCAAGGUUUACCGUACUGAAUUAGCCUGCAUCAGCCUAGCUGCGAUGUAGGGUUACUGCCUACAGCAACAAAGGAUAGAAAAUGCAAAUUCAUCAAUAGUAAAAAUUAAGACAAACUGAUUGGUUUGAAUAAAGUGCUGUGACAGUAAAAAUCAAAUCUUGGCAUACAGUAUAUAUACUGUAAUAUAUACCGUAUAAUACCAGAAUUGUUGUAAGAUGACGCUAUACUACAGAUUUGGGUAGGCUUAUGUAUGUUGUACCUCAAUCGGAAAAACCUUGCCUAAAACCUUUUGGCUUUGGCUUGUGUUUGCAGUAUCAUUGUUAGGUAUCAGCUGUAUCAGAGGUCUUAACCUGAGCUCUGUCACAUGACUGAGGUCAUACUUCUCAGGCUUUUUAUAAAUGGACCAGUAGAAAGAAGCUCUGGAGCCACAUUGAUCUGAUCCUCUAAGUCUGUGUUGACUCUUGCUUUUACCAACUUAUGCCAGACACUAUUGGAAGAUGUGCAUGAAUAGAGAAAUUUUGUAACAUGUGGAGUUUUUAUUUUAUUAAGUUAAAAUAUAUCACAGUUUUUGUUUUCUUUUCUUCUUUUUUUGCACUGUUGUUUAGUGGACAAAUGAAAACGCAAACAAUGUGCACUCAUUUUUUUACUUGUGAAUGUCUCACUGCAUCCCACUGACCACUUAAUGUAAUACAGUGGGCAUGUCUAUGUUUUAGCAGUUACAACACAAAUAAUCUUAUAUUAAAAUACAUUAAAACAUAUAAAAAUGCACAGACUUCUCAAUAUCAAAAAAAGCAUGUGAUUUCCAAAUGCCACAUUUUAGUUUGGAUGGUUCUACACCGUAUGUCUUUCAAAAAACUCAGUGAUGUAUUUUAGCUUAGGUAUUUUAGCUUACAUCAUGAACAUUAUCUUACUUAUUAUUAAACCAAAGCUUUCUGCUUACCUACAGUUGACACUGUGAUAAUGGUCUUUACAUUGUGUGUAUGGUAUAUAAUUUUUGUUUUAACAAGAAAUAAUAAUAAUGUUAAGUAGAAUUGUGCAAAUGGUCCGGAAAAUAGUAGUGGUCAAUGAUAAAUGUGGGUGAAUUAUGAGAAUGACAGUGAGACAGCAGACAGAUUAGAUGUAAGCUCUCUGAAGUACCCGCUCUGUUGAGACGGGGAGAAGAAAAGAGAAGAUGGUGACGAUGAAGGGGGAUUUUCUAUCCAUGCAAUAUAAUAUGUAAAUAUCCAACCAAACAUUACUUUGUUAUUUAUUACAGUUUCAUUCACAAGAACACAGUAUUCUCCAAAAACUACUCUGACAGUUUUUUAAAAGCUCUUUCCAGAGCAUUUUCCGCUCCUUUCUGAGUCUUUUACUGUCUUUCACCAUUAAAUGCAUAGUCAACAGAAACCAUCGGACCACUAUUAGUGACUGCUGAACACCAUGAACAAAUAUAGAGGGCUACAAAGCCUCUUAGUACAGAGCCCGCUUACGAUUCCCUUUCCGUGCACAGCAUCCUUGAAUAGACCACACAAAGAUCCUUAAGCCCAAAUCCCUCCCUGGUAUUUAAUUCUAAAUGAGUAAUUACUGGGUGUGUCAGUGUGUCUUAGGUUUGCAGGUAGGUUGGGUGAAAGUGCUCAUUUGUAUGCUGACUCUGGAGCGAAUUGCACUUUCACACAGGCAACAUUCUGAAAGACACCGCACUGGUUGUAAGAGGGUAUCCCUGGGGAGCCGCUGAAGAACCCAGUCACUUAGGGGGGACAGACCACAUACAGCCGCCAAGAUGUGUGACAUGGGGGGACUGGAUAACCUGGUGGCCAACACGGCCUACCUAAAAGCCCAGGGUGGUGAUGACAAGGAGAUGAAAAAGCGCCGUCGAAGCUUGUCUCUCCCCAAGCCUGAGCAAUGUGCUUCAGUAAGAGCUUCCAUUGACAAGGACUUUACAUCAAUUUGUGAAAGGCAGCCUGUUGGCAAAAAGUUUUUCCGUGACUUCCUGGCAAAUAAUGCUGAGUUUAAGCUCGCUGCUGACUUCCUGGAUGAGCUUUAUGACUGGGAUCUCGCUGAAGGUGCAGCAAAAGACAAGGCACGGCAGAACAUCAUCAAUAAGUAUUGCAAAGCUGACUCCAAGAAUUUCCUGACCUUUCUUACUGGGGAGGCUUCUGACAAAUGCAAGUCUGUGACAGAUGCCAACUUUGAUGAGGUGAUGAAAGGCAAAGUCCAGGAAGGUGUAAGAGAUUUUCUGAAAAACAAACCCUUCACAGAUUACCAGGCCAGCCCAUUCUUUGAUAAAUUCCUCCAGUGGAAAGAGUAUGAGAAACAGCCCAUCAGUGACAAAUACUUCUAUGAGUUCAGAACUCUGGGAAAGGGAGGCUUCGGAGAGGUAUGUGCUGUCCAGGUGAAGAACACAGGCCAGAUGUAUGCCUGCAAGAAGCUGUGUAAAAAGCGCCUGAAGAAGAAGGGUGGUGAGAAGAUGGCCCUGUUGGAGAAGAAGAUCUUGGAGAAGGUUAACAGCCUGUUUCUGGUCAACUUGGCUUACGCUUAUGACACCAAGACCCACCUGUGCCUUGUGAUGACCCUGAUGAAUGGAGGAGACCUGAAGUACCACAUUUACAACAUUGGCUAUGACGGCAAGGGUGCAGACCAGGGCAUUGAGAUGAAGCGCAUCGUCCACUAUACAGCGCAAAUCACCACUGGCAUUCUGCAUCUGCAUGAAAUGGAUAUCGUAUACCGUGACAUGAAGCCAGAGAAUGUGUUGCUGGAUAGCCAAGGCCAGUGCCGACUUUCAGAUUUGGGUCUGGCCAUAGAGAUUGCUCCAGGGAAGACCGUGACCCAGAUGGCUGGUACUGGAGCAUACAUGGCCCCAGAGCUCCUGACCAAAACUCCAUACAGGACAUCAGUGGACUGGUGGGCCCUGGGCUGCAGUAUCUAUGAGAUGGUGGCUGGCUAUACGCCUUUCAAAGGCCCUGAGAGCAAGAAGGAGAAGGUGGAGAAGGAGGAGGUACAGCGCCGCAUUCAAAAUGAGGAACCCAAGUGGGAGCACAAAUUCUUUGAUGCUGUCACCAAGGACAUCAUCCAGCAGUUCCUCAAGAAGAAAAUAGAAGAGCGUCUGGGCAUGAAGAACAACAUGGAGGAUCCAAGGAAGCAUGAUUGGUUCAAGAGCAUCAACUUCCCCCGUCUGGAGGCUGGGCUGGUGGAUCCUCCGUGGGUGCCCAAGCCCAAUGUCGUCUAUGCCAAGGACACAGGCGACAUUGCGGAGUUCUCCGAGAUCAAGGGCAUCGAGUUUGACGCCAAGGAUGAUAAAUUCUUCAAAGAGUUUAGCACAGGUGCUGUGCCCAUUCAGUGGCAGCAGGAGAUGAUUGACACUGGACUGUUUGACGAGCUCAAUGAUCCCAACAGGAAAGAGGGAGGAGGAGAUCCUGAUGGCGAUAAGAAGUCUGGCACGUGUAUAUUGCUGUGAGCAGCCAAAUGUUUGAUGUCAUAUACCAGUCACAAUGCUCAAUAAUUUGUUUGUUUUCUCAGUCAGAUGCACACUAACACUGUUGUAAAAGAUGGAUCAUGUUUUACAAAAGAGGUGAGCAUCUUUAUUGAUGACAGAUUGAGAAAGAUCCCCCUCUUGUAAGGAUGCUCAAGGUUUAGAGAUCUACCGCUCUUGAGGCAAAGUUCAAUAAAAUAUGGAGGGUGUGAUGAUGUUUUUUGAGCAUCAUCUCUCUGCUUCACAGCUUCUCUUGCUUAUAUUUGUAUCUAAUCAUGUAGACUUGCAACCAUGUUGAUCAGGAAUGAUUGCUCUGAGUAAUUUAUACAACCUCCCUAAGAAUACUAGUGUUAGAGGAGUAAGUCAAAGGCUUUUGUGCCAGAAAUACUGUAUUAGUUUAUGAAGAAACUGUCUAAAUCUGAGCUGUCUGAGAAUUAUUUUUUCUUAUUUGCAGUAUAACUUCUUGCUGAAAUGGUGCAGUUCAGCAUUAAACUUAAAUUGGUACUGAGACACAUCUGUAGAAAUUUGAAUGGUCUCCUAGACCUUGAAACUGUUUGGUUCCUGUGGUUUGCGCAACAAUUACAGCAUUUUAUAGCACCUCAUUCCCUAUAUUGAUGCCAUCAUUAGGUCACACUGUUUCUACGAUGAAAAGUGCUUUUUAACCACAUGUGACAGACAGUUGUAGUGCUUAAUAUUAUGUGCUGUGAUCCUAAACCUCAUUAUUGAGGCUGAUCACUGCAUUUACAUCCAGGUGGUUUUCCUUCUGCCCAACAGUUUAGUUUUAUAAAAACUAUAAAAAGCAAUUGUAUGUAAUGUAUAUAAAGAAAAAUAUCUAUAUCUAUGCACAAAGAGAAAGGGAGAGAUGUAAGUAAUUUAAAAUAAGGAUUUAGUUUAAGGAAAAUGAAUACUGAAGACCUCUUCACUGAGUCGUUCUUAUGUUGGUGCUAUGAGGCUCAACUUAGUGAGAUAUGGACUCUGUUGCCCUGGGAUGCUGGGAAAGAAAGCUGAGUGCAGGAGCUGCAGUUAAUUGCUGUGUAUGGAGGAGGAAAUUUUAGAGGAGUUGGGCAAUAAAUUCCUGUACCAGGAAUUUGCAGGUUGCCCUUUCCACGGCCCCAAAACACUGUGAUAGCCCUAACAAGUCCUCCAAAUUGAAUGACCACAUAGGUGGUUUGUACCUGCACUCCAGAACGACCCAUUAGGGUUGUUUUUCUUGGGAGGACAGGCUCGAUAAUUCAGGGCUCUUAGUUUGAGAUGCGAGUGAAUAACUCAAACUAGCCAGAUCCUGAAAAAGAUUAAGCUGAGUAGAAACUUGGGUUAGUAAAAAAACCAAAAAUUAUUUCUUGUCUCAGGGUAAUUAUUAAAGUUUUGAAAUGUCCAGAUCUUGAGCAGAGUUGAGUUUUUACUGGUAAUGCUAAUAAGAUAUAAAUAUAUAUGAUAUUAUAUGUAAUUGUAAAUAUAACAUGAGAGGAAUUGCGAUGCAUGCUACUAUAGAAAUGUCAGAUGUAAAGCAGGAAUUUCCUUGAAU